CUUGUUUGGGCCACGACAGCGCCACGCAUAGCACCGCUGCACCACACCUGCUACGCACAUAACAUAACCGGAAACUUCUCUUGCCCCGCUUGCUCUUUCAGCUUGGAGAUUAGGCUCCAAGCGAGCCCUUGAGGGCAAUCGAGAAUGUUUCUACGCUGCCUCAACUUGCAUAGCUCGUAGUUGCAUUUGUUGAAGCGAAAAAACCAGCACAAAAUCAGGCGGAACUGUCUAAAGCGGCCACGAGCAGGGAGGCGCCAUGGGCGUUCCGGCAUUCUAUCGAUGGCUCAGCCAGAAGUACCCCAAGAUCGUCAAGGACUGUUUGGAGGAGUUCCCGGAGCUUAUAAAUGGCGUGGAAGUCCCAGUGGACACGUCCAAGCCAAACCCCAACGGCAUGGAGUUUGACAACCUCUACCUGGACAUGAACGGCAUUAUCCACCCAUGCUUCCACCCGGAGGACAGGCCCGCCCCCACCACGGAGAACGAGGUGUUUGUGAACAUCUUUGACUACAUCGACCGCCUCUUCUCCAUCGUGCGCCCGCGCCGUGUGCUGUUCAUGGCCAUUGACGGCGUGGCGCCCCGCGCCAAGAUGAACCAGCAGCGCAGCCGCCGCUUCCGCGCGGCGCAGGACCUGGCGGAGAAGGAAAAGGAGGAGGAGCGCAUCCGGACCGAGUUCGAGGCGGAGGGAAUCAAGGUGCCCAAGAAGGAGCGCACGGAGACGUUUGACAGCAACACCAUCACGCCCGGCACGCCCUUCAUGCACCGCCUGUCCGUGGCCCUGCAGUACUACAUCCACACGCGCCUCAACAAUGACCCCGGCUGGCGCGGCCUGGAGGUGUUCCUGUCCGACAGCAACGUGCCGGGCGAGGGCGAGCACAAGGCCAUGGCGUUUGUGCGCGAGCAGCGCGGCCGCCCCGGCUGGAACGCCAACACGCGGCACUGCGUGUACGGCCUGGACGCCGACCUGAUCAUGUUGGCACUGGCCACACACGAGCCGCACUUCGUCAUCCUGCGCGAGGUCAUCGUGCAGCAGGCCGGACCGGACCCGCGGGAACAGAUGCGGCAGCAGCUGGCCGCCAAGGCCGAGGGCGGCGGGCCGGGCGGCGGGAAAGGGGGCGGCGAGGCGGAGGAGGGCGGCAACAAGCCGUCCAUCGCGCGCAAGCCCUACCAGUUCCUGCUGGUGUCGGUGCUGCGCGAGUACCUGGCGCUGGAGCUUAAGGUGCCGAACCUGCCGUUUGAGUUCGACCCGGAGCGCGUGUACGACGACUUUGUGUUCAUGUGCUUCUUCUGCGGCAACGACUUCCUGCCACACAUGCCCACGCUUGAAAUUAGGGAGGGCGCCAUCGAGCUGAUGAUGCGCGUGUACCGUCAGGAGCUGGCGGGGUUGGGCGGCUACCUGGUGCACGGCGCGCAGCCGCACCUGGGCCGCGUGGAGGCCUUCAUCCGCAAGAUUGGCGCCUUCGAGGACAUCAUCUUCAGCAAACGCAUGCGGGAGCUGAGGCGCCAGCGCGAGCGCGUGUCGCGGCAGAAGGCGGACGACGCUCGGCGCAAGGGCAACAAGCGGAAGUUCAGCGCCAGCGACGCGGCGCCGUCCGGCCGCCACAUCUCGCGGGAGCUGGCGGCGGGGCACAUGAAGCCGCUGGGGCGCGACGCCGUGGCGGCGGAGCACGCGGCGGCGGAGGCGGCGCGCAAGGAGGCGUGGCGGGAGCAGCAGCGCGCAGGGGGUGCGGGCGGAGGCGCGCUGCCGCCGCCGCCGUCGGGUCCGCCGCCGCCGCUUCGCCAGAUGGAUGACGCCGGCGCCAACAAGUCGGCGGCACAGCGGCUGCGGGACCGCAUCGCAGGCAAGGGCAAGAAGGCAGAGGCAGCUGACAAGGCGGAGGACGCGGAGGCGCAGCCGGCAGAGGGUGCGGAGGGAGCGGAGGCGAAGCCGGAGAGCGGCGGGGAGGGCGCGGCGCCGCCGCGGCAGCGCCGCCGGAAAGAGGGCGAUGCGGAUGUGUCGGCGGAGGCCGAGGCGGCGGAGCUGCCGCCCGCUGCGGUGACGGAGGGCGGGGAGCCUGCGCCGGAGGCGGUUGGAGGCGCGGACGGCACUGCGGCAGCGGAGGAGCUGGGGGCGGAGGCUGCUGGGGCCGAGGCGGAAGUCGGCGAGGAGGUGCCAGAGGUGGCGGUGACGGAGGAGGAGGCAUUGGACGUGCUGGCAGGGCACGUGGGCACGGACGUGGAGAGCGAGUUCGAGGUGGAGAACGCGGCCGCGGUGAGCGCCGCCGCCGCCGACAUGAAGGAGCGGCUGGAGGAGCUGAUGAAGGAGCGCAGCGACCGCUUCGACGAAAUGAUCGUGGACGAGGAGCGCAUCAGGCUGGGCGAGGAGGGCUGGAAGGACAGGUACUACCACGAGAAGCUCAAGGUGCCCACCGGCCCCAGCCAGCAGCGCAUCCUGAACUCCAUCGUGCAGGCGUACGUGGAGGGCCUGUGCUGGGUGAUGCGCUACUACUACGAGGGCGUGGCGUCCUGGCGCUGGUUCUACCCCUUCCACUACGCGCCCUUCGCCUCCGACCUCGUAAACCUGGAGUCGCUGACCAUCGAGUUCGACCAGGGCGCGCCCUUCUCGCCCUUCAACCAGCUCAUGGGGGUGCUGCCAGCCGCGUCCGCGCACGCGCUGCCCAAGCCGUUCAGGAAGCUGUUCACGGAUCCCGACUCGCCCAUCCUGGACUUCUACCCCAGCCAUUUUGAAGUGGACAUGAACGGCAAGCGGUACGCCUGGCAGGGUGUGGCGCUGCUGCCGUUCAUCGACGAGGCUCGGCUGGUGGCGGCCACGGACGCGCUGCUGCACCUGCUGGAGCCGGAGGAGAAGUUCCGCAACAGCACGAGGCUGGAGGUGAUUUACAUCCACUCCAGCCACCCCCUGGCCCCCGCCGUGUACGAGCUGGAGGCCACGUACGGCAGCCUGCCGCCCGAGGAGCGCCACAAGUCCGCCACGCUAAUGGACCCCGCCAUGAGCCGCGGCGUGCACGGCUACAUGAUGCUGUGCGCCGGAGAGACGCAGCCGUCCGUGGUGCCCGUGCCCAUGCCGGGCCUGGGCCCCGACGUGCUGAACAACAGCGUGCUGUGCAUCACCUACAAGCUGCCGCCGCACAUCCCGCACGAGCCGCGCAUCAUGCCCGGCACGGUCGUCGACACGCCCAUCCUGACCGAGGCCGACCGCCCGAUCGACCAGCCGCUGUGGCACGAGCGCGGCGCUGGCCGCGGCGCGCCGCACAACCGCGACCUCUCCGCGCCCAUGGUUGGCGACGCCGGCGUGCGCAUGCUCAACUUCCAGCUCGGCUACAACGGCCGCGGCCCGCCCCCCGUGCCGCGCGGCCCCGGCGGUGCGCCCAUUCACAUGCACGGCAACUACGGGCCGCAGCAAGGCGGGUAUGGUGGUGGCCCCGGGGGCGGCGGGUAUGGGCCGCCGGCGGCGGGCGGCCCGCCGGGGCGCUACGGGCCCCCCGGGUAUGGUGGAGGAGGAGGCGGGUACGGGCCGCCUGGAGGCGGCGGCUACCCGCCGUCUGGGGGCUACGGCUCGGCGCCGGGGCCAGGCCCGUAUAGCGGCGGCGGCGCACCUGGCGGCUACGGCGGCCCGCCGGGCGGCUACCCUCCACCUGGCGGCGGCCGCGGCGGCUACGGCGGCCAGCCCUACCCAGCGCCCCACCACACCGGUGGUGGCGGUUACGGCGCACCGCCGCCGGGGCCUGGCGGGUACGGCGGGAGAGGCGGGCCGCCGCUUGCCGCAGGCGGCGGUGGGUACGGCUAUCCGCCCGGCGGUGGGUACGGUGGCGCGCCGCCGCCGCAGGGCGGGUAUGGCGCCCCGCGUCCGGGUGCCGGUAACUUCUUCGCGGGGAUACGGCCCACGUACCCGGCGCCUGGCGGUGUCGGCGCCCCUGGCGGCGGCGCGCCCACUGGGUACGGCGCCCCCAUGCAGCCCGUGCAUGCACGCCCGCCGCCGCCUCAGCAGCAGGGCCCGCCGCCGGGGUACGGCAACAACCCGUACACGGCGCUGCAGCGGCCGCGUGACCCCCGUGGCAGCGGCCGGUAUUGAGCUGUGGCACAGGCCAAGACGAGCAUGGCUUGCGGGGGUGAGGCAGGGGUGCAAUGCUAGCAGGCAGAAGCAGAGGCGGUUGUGUGGCGGGCAGUCGAGAGAGCGUGCGACGUAGCGCGGCUGGGCGUGGGCAGGAGGAGGUGGGUCGGUGGGUGCGGUACAGUCGCCAGGGCAGCCAAGGCGGGGCGGAGUAGUCAUGUCCGAGAGGCUGCUGGUCCAAUUCUGGCGCAGGCAGAGGCGGGCUGCUGGGUAUGGCAUAACAGAGCGUAGGUACGUUUGCCGAAGAGCAGGUUUAGCCUUACACAGGUUGCAGUAGGUUACGGCUUUGACUGUUGGUAACGUACGGUUUCACCUUUGACUGGUGCCUGAGGGUCCAUAAAUGCGGGGUUACUGGUGUGCUUACUGGAUUCCGUGUCAAACGACGUAGGACCGUUUCUGGUGGUUGGCAGUGACGUGUUUGGACGACUUCCCAUUCUGGCGACCGCACGGGAGCCUCAGGUCUGGAACAGGCUUUGCGUCGUGGGGUAUCGGACAGGACGCAGGCAUUUUGUUGAUACCGUAUAGCAUGCAGGUGCCAAGCGUGCAGCGGUGCAUACGUGCUCACGUCAUGAAUAUGUAGGCAAGCGACGGCACCCCUGGAACGUCAAUGGGGGGCAUAUGCGCGUUCGGUGGUAAAUGGGAGACAUCCGUUUUGAUGGGUGGCGAGGGCAGGGCGAGGGCUACCUUAUGCUGCGGUCGCCUCCGCUGCGGCGCUGCGCAGAUGGGCGUUUCAAGGCCUUCUAUGCUUAAGUACAUGCCUGGGCCCC